AUGGAAUUUAACCCUAUUGUUGCUCUCUCUGGCACAUUUACCACUGGUAAACAAGCUCUUCUUCGGAAAAAGCUCAAUGCAAUUGGCAUUAAUGCAUAUACCACCGAAGCCAUUAAGAAAGGCAAAAAAACGAAUUGGAACGUCCUUUUAGCCGGCGACAAAACCUUUGAUGAGACAACAGAACUGGUAUUAAAGGCCAAAGAACGGAAAGUGCCAAUCUUAAAUACAAAAUGGGCAAAUGAGUCCCUUAAAUCCGAAGGUCCAGUUAUUAUCAAGCCUGAACAUCUAUGGGACAAAAAAUAUAAUCCAACAGAGAUUGGUACUAAAAAAAGAGACCCAAAGAAGGGCGACCCAAAGAAAAAUAACAAAAAGAAGGGUAAACAAACGGAUGAUGAGGAUAUGCCUGAUGGUGAUGGUAAUGGCAGCGAAGAGGAGGAGGAGGAGGAGGAGGAGGAGGAGGAGGAGGAGGAGGAGGAACCAGUGGGGGGGAUAAAGGAAGAAGUGGUUGAAGAACCCUUCCAAAUAGAUAUGAAAAAGGCAGAUGUCGACGAAGAGAGGAAUGCUUGGUAUAAUGAGGUAAAAAAAGGCCCAUGGACGAUCGAUCUUGGUGUGCAUCCUGCAGAUGUAUUCAACAACGUACCCGACAACAAGAAAAGGCGAAACUAUACGAUGUGGAUUGAGUGCGUAUACAACGGCUACAUGAUAGUCACGGAUCCUAAGACGGAGGUCUUCGUAGAAGUUCCACAUUUCAGAGAUGCAUAUCUGCUUUCCGCAAACAUGCAGGGGGACAGAAGGAGCUUGUAUGCGGCCGCGCUGGGUCAUUCAAUGACCAAACAGGAUAAUACUACAUUCACAUGCCAAUUGAAUGAGUUUGACCUUUGGCAAAUCGCAUACAAUGGCAGGAUUUGUCUAAUUAUGGGAAGGGUACCACGAACAGAGGAAGAUGAGGAAGAUGAGGAAGAUGGGGAAGAUGGCGGUGGUAGAGGCAGUCUAGGCCUGUGGACUCGUUCAGAUUUACAGAAGAAAUUUGGAACGAAAGAGACAGAUGAAUGGAUUAAUCGUGCAUUCUUGGGAUUAGGCCAUGGAGAUCCUGAUGAAGACGCAAACCAUUAUCUGACAAAUGGAGUAUUGAAAAAAUGGAAGAAAUCACGUGUUGCGGCAACGAAUACUCCAGAAAUGAGGACGAGAUAUCAGAAGCGAGGAAAAAUUGCCAAGCCGGAGCCAGCUCCUAAAUAA